CACUUGUAGGUAGUGUUACUCCAUUGCUAGCGAUUGUAGGUAGUGUUACUCCAUUGCUAGCGAUUGUAGGUAGCGUUACUCCAUUACUAGCAAUUGUAGGUAGUGUUGCUCCAUUACUAGCAAUUGUAGGUAGUGUUACUCCAUUGCUAGCAAUUGUAGGUAGCGUUGCUCCAUUACUAGCGAUUGUAGGUAGCGUUGCUCCAUUACUAGCGAUUGUAGGUAGCGUUGCUCCAUUACUAGCGAUUGUAGGUAGCGUUGCUCCAUUACUAGCGAUUGUAGGUAGCGUUGCUCCAUUACUAGCGAUUGUAGGUAGCGUUGCUCCAUUACUAGCAACUGUAGGUAGCGUUGCUUCAUUACUAGCGAUUGUAGGUAGUGUUGCUCCAUUACUAGCGAUUGUAGAUAGUGUUGCUCCAUUACUAGCGAUUGUAGGUAGCGUUGCUCCAUUCCUAGCGAUUGUAGGUAGCGUUGCUCCAUUGCUAGCGAUUGUAGGUAGCGUUGCUCCAUUGCUAGCGAUUUUAGGUAGUGUUGCUCCAUUACUAGCGAUUGUAGGUAGCGUUACUCCAUUACUAGCGAUUGUAGGUAGCGUUGCUCCAUUACUAGCGAUUGUAGGUAGCGUUGCUCCAUUACUAGCGAUUGUAGAAACUUUUAACAGCGAGUUUAAUCGUGGAAGCAGUCAUCCUUGGCCUUACAUAAAAGACUAUUUUCGAUUUGUUGGAAGUGAAAGUGGAUCCCAAUCCCAAAGUGUUCUGUUACAGAGUAGGUUGUGUUUGCCCCAAAAGAAUAUUUACAGUGCUAAUGAGAAAUCUCUUUUCCAUCUAAAGAAACGAACAUUCCCAUAA